AUGGAGGCGCGCUCACUCGAUAUCAGCAUUCCUUUUGUGAUCAAUUCGACUCCCUUAAAUACAUUUGGAACGAAUUUUCAAUCACAAACCUAUAUUUGUGGAACUCCUGCCGUAUUCCGAGAUCGAAUUAAAUUAUUAUGGUUGGAACAAUUAAGUGGAUACGUACGAGAGGGAUCUCAAGUGAAUGGACCAAACUCGUCAUUUGGAAAACCAAUCGGAUUUUGGUCUUCCAAUUUGAGAUGUUAUGUAGAUAUUUCACAACAGGCAACAACGCUUACUUCUUCGGGAGAUUCUCUUGCUAAUCAACAACAACAACAACCAAAAUGUCUCUAUCCACUUGGAACGUAUUUCACACAUUGUGGUAGUAAUGACUUGUUGCCUCUUCUUCCCAUUCGCCCCAUGUUCUUUUAUUUGAAUCAAAUUGAGAGUAUACGAAGUGAUGCCUUUCUACUUGUGUUACAACAAAAGAAAAUGUUGAGACUGGCCAUUGAAUUGGAGAGUAUUGUGCUUUCGUAUGCAAGUGUCUAUUCAAAAGAAGUAUUGAGCUCGAAAUUGAGCUUAUCCAUGAUGGAGAUGAGAUCAUUACAAGUGUUUUUCAAUGAAAUUGCAAGAAGAUUGAGAGAGAAUAUUUUGAGUUAUUUACCUCAAUUUGAAUUGUUUUAUGAUUUGGAUAAGAGUUCGAGCACGAGUUAUCAGUUGAUGAGCAUUACCAUUCAAAAUGGUGUAGAAAAGGCAACACAACAAUUCGAGAAUAUGGGAAGUGGAACCAACGCUACCAGAUACCUGUCCCCCUCAUCAGGAUCUGAUCAAACAUGGAGCAAUCUUUAUGAGCUCAUUCAUUUCUCAUUAUUGCAAGAAGGUAUUUCUGAAGAUGCAAAUAUGGAACUCGCCAUGUCAUUCUCAUCCAUGGCUCAAUUUGUAGAUACUCAAAUUCAAAUAAUUGACGAAUUAUUCAAACUCAUUAAUGAUACUCUUUCUUUGGAUAAGGUGAUUGAUCUUUCCUUGUAUACGAAUUCACCUGUUUAUGAUUUUAUUGAUUCUCACUCAAAAGUGCUAUCCUUGACUGAGGUGGAUACAUUUUCCUAUUUGAGACAAUUCAUUGGGUUGGAUAGAAACUUUGCCCAGGAAUCACUCUCAAAAACGCCAAGUAUCUCAAUUGAUUUCUCAAGUCAAAUAUUCACAAUGAUUCAAACAACCAGUUACAUGUCGAAGGUGUCUUUCAAGGCCACUCCUCCUUCAAGUUAUUCAUUAAUCAAUGGAUAUUUAAUGGGAGACGUUUCGAAUUCGAAAAUUCUUGUGACAGACAUCACAAAACAGGCAAGAGUGUUAGAUUUGGUGGCACUCUCUGGAAAUUCUCAGUGGAUGGUUGACUCUUCUCUUGAGACUGAUUACAAACCAUUCCUUAAGAAAAUUCCAUCCGUGACAUCAACUACUUCAACUACUGGAACAAGAAGCAUCAUCACUUCGGCAUCUCUUCAGUCAACACAACGAACAAUUUCCACCCCGAGACGACGUCCUCUCAGUAAUUCCGUUCAGUCGUAUUCUUCAAUCACCACCAACCAUUUCAAACUCAUGAGUUUCCUUCAUGAAAAGAGAAGAUUACAGACCUUUGCUCCAAAUCGUCGAUCGCUUCUUGCUCUAACAAGUCUUCCAACCUAUAACUGCGAAAAAGGUCGUUAUGGACCACAAUGUAAAAUCUGUUAUCCAGGUACCUACUCUCCAGGGGAUGGUCUCUUGUAUGUGUGUAGUAAUGGACCAGAUGGUCAAGUCGAAUACACUGAAAGUGGAAGCACCAAUGAAAAUUGUGCUUUUCGAUGUAAGGACACUAAAAAGUACCGAUCUGGUAAUCAAUGUGUGAAUAUUCCAGUGAGAUAUUAUUCGGUAGAUAAUGGAGCAACUACACUUUCUGAAUGCUCCAAGAAUGGAAAUUCUUAUGGGAUUACUGAUCCGUCAAUUCAACAAGAUUUACUCCAAAUUGCAACAAGUGGACAACAUGCUUUUCCGUCUUCAUGUAAAACAGCACUCCGUGAUUUAUUAUCCCUCACUUUCAAUCAAACAUCGAUGUUCGACACAACCACACUUACCACGAAUAGCAGCUUUUCCCUAAGUCACUCUUUUACUCUCUCAAUUGAUUUCAAAUUAACACCAAAAGAAAAGUGGAAUUUUAAAUUGAAAGAUUAUCAAGUGGCAUAUGGUAUUGUGACUGUUCCAGGUGAAUGGACCUGGCAAUUGAUUUUUGACUCUCCAGAUUCCAUCUACAUGCAAGUGAAAAAACUGAAUCCUGUCAAAAACGAACCUCGUUUGCUUUCUCUAUCAUUCCCAUAUGAUACUGAAUGGCAUAAUUUCAUUUUACAGUACGAUGAAGAAAAACAUGUCUUGUCUCUCUAUAGAGAUCGAGCUUAUAUUGGAUCAUGCUUGUUUGCAUUGUCACAACAGCAAGAAUUUCGACUAGUUAUUGGUGGAUUCUUUUAUUUCAAUGCCACUCAUACGCCUUCCUUAUAUUCUUAUUUACCAGCAUCUGGAAUUUCAAAUUUAAGAAUUUAUCAGGGCGCCAUUAUGGAUGAUUUAUUGCUCUCCUCUAUGAAGACGUCAUCUUCACAAUGGCCCUUAUGGCUCAAUUCGUGGUGUGAAUCCACUCCUGGUUAUGCUUUGUUUGGAGGAAAAUGCAUUCGAGUUUCAUGUGAAAAUGAUGAUAUGAUUUAUGACUCCAGCUCACAACAAUGUAUUUGCUCGUACGGAUAUUUCUCAUCCAAUGUUUCCAAUGUCACUCCUUCAUGCACGGCAUGUCCAUUCAUGACCACUACUGGAAGUUUUCUUCCAAGAACCUCCAUGAAGGACUGUCAAUGCAUGCAUGAUUAUAUUUAUAGUGAAUAUUAUCAGGAAUGUGUCAUGGCGCAGUCCUCUCUAUUACCUCCAACUCCCAACUUUAAUUUCGGUCAAUCGUAUGGACCUUAUAAGGAAUUAGAAGAGAGUAUUCUUUCACAACAUUUUUAUCCAGUUGGAGAAAUGACCAUUACUUUGGAAUUGAAUGAGGAAGACGACAUUGAAUUGAUAGAUCCACAAGAUCCAUCCUUAAAUUUGCCACAAAAAGUCUAUCAAGUUAAAUUGUUAGCGAACGGAACACAACUUUUAUGGAGCUUACAAUUAUCGAAAAAUCAAUUACUCUCUUUUUUCUUACACAUGCAAUCAAACAGGAGAUUUUGA